GGGUUGCCUUUAAUUGGCCCUCAGUGAUGUCGGGUCUAAUCCGGCCCGCGUUUGUGUGGAUGCCGGCGGCAGUUGUAGCGGCUGUAAAGGUUGCAGAGGUCGCCCGUCGAACGCGAUGUGAGCAGGGAGCCCCUCAGGGAUCGGCUGUUGUUGCUCCUGUUACAGGGGCAGAAGGCCCUCAGCUUCUCAUGCCUGUUGCCCAGGCAACAUCAGCACGGCCGCUGCCAAGCGCUCGGAUUGGCUGCCAUCAAUACGCGGCUAACUCCCCUUGUGAAGAUCGACUAGCAUUACAACAGUUCCCGGGUGGAACGCUCUGUGCAUGUGUUUUCGAUGGGCAUGGAGGCUGGCAGGUCGCUGAGUACCUCCGUGGUCAUCUACCAUCGCUGUUGGCCAGUCGACUCCCUCACAAGUCUGGGCAUAUAGACUCUCGUACAAUUGAGUCGGCAUGCAAGGAGGCAUUUAUGGUGGCGGAUUCUGAGUUGGAAAAGCACGCACGGGAAGCUCAGAAACUGGGUUUUUCCCAGACUGUGAAAACUGGCGCCUGUGGAUUAGCACUGCUCAUCACACAGACCAGCCUGGUGGUAGCGAAUGCUGGAGACUGUAAGGCGGUGCUUUAUAGAGAUCAGCGUCCUGCAUUGCCGUUGAAUAUGCAGCAUAACGCCAGCGAUGUACGAGAGCAGAGACGGCUCGAGCUCGAACAUCCUAAUGAGAACAAUGUUGUUAGGUGUAAGAAAGAGUGGCAUGAACCAGUAGUCGUGGCCGUUCCCAAGAGCGGCUGGCUGGCCGUGAAGUCGUGGUUGGGCUACCCCGUCGAGCUAGAGAGAUUGGAACAUGCUACCAAGUACUCGGGCUGUUAUGUCAAGGGCCGUCUCCAGCCGACUCGAAGUUUUGGUGAUUUCUAUCUCAAGUCGGCCGAGUUUCUCUUUAACCAUGCAUCUGGGCGGAACUUCCUACCACCUCCUGACCCAAAGAGUUCUGCUCAUACACUUACUCAACCACUGCAGCACUCCUUCCCCUACAUCACUAGCGAGCCCGAGGUGAUGGUAUAUCCACGACAUGAGGAUGACAAGUUCAUAAUAUUGGGCAGUGAUGGUCUGUGGGAUAAUGUGACUGAUGAAGAAGCUGUAGGGUUCGUGAGGCGACUACUUUUACAAGAAAACAGCAGUUGGAGUGCCAACUCUGUUGCAGAGGCGCUGACAGGAGAGGUGUUGAGUCGAGCAGCGAAGAAGAGCUCCAAGAGCUUAGCGGAGCUCCAGGCUCUCCCACAGGGCAACCAACGUCGGAGGCUCCAUGAUGACAUUUCGGUCUGUAUAAUCGAUCUUCGUCCGAUCAAGGAUCAUUCGUCUACAGUCGGCCAUACCACUAGUGGUUGAAGCUGUACUCCUGAUGGUGGAUAUGGUCGUGGGAGAUAGUGCAGGUCUUGUUUCAGUCUCAGUCUAAAUGCACCAACAAAUAGUACAUGUCUUAAACUUUUU